AAUACUCAGCUUGCGGUCACGCUGAACGAAAGACCAAUUUUUUUUUAUAAUUAAAAUGCCAAAAUAAAAGUAGAUAAAUAUAAUAAUAAUGGACGAGGUGGAUAAAAUAAUCAUGCACCAGCUGCAGCAAAUCGAUGCCAGCAUUGAGCCUACGGAUCAGCUGACCACCUUUACGCCUGAGCAAGUGGUGCGAGCCGUGUCCAGUUGCUUGCUGGAAAUCAAUCCAACGCUGACGGAGCUGCCGCGAUCCUUGCCGGGUGGCGCGAUGGCACAACGUUUCAGCGCGGCCACAGUGCUGGCCGAGCGAUGUAAGGAGAGCGGCUACCGCGGCGACAUUGGCUACCAAAUCUUUCUCUAUCCCAACGCUGUGGAGCUGCGACGUCUGUUGAUGUUUCUCAUUGAACGUUUGCCGCGGGAGCGACAGAAUGCAGAUAGUGCGGGCAAAGCAAAUGCGCUUAAUGCGCGCGAGCAAUUGCAGCGAGAGGUGCGCAAGAAGAUGACGGAUCAAUUGAAGGCACCCUGGGUGCCGCAAUUCUGUCGUGCGGUGGCCAAUCGUCAGAAGCAAGGCUGCAGUUGUCAGAGCAUCGAAUUUAAGCCACAUCUGAAUCUGAACAUUCCUGGGGCUAAGUUUGCCGAGCGCAGCAAAGAAGUGCAACAGUAUUUCGAGCAAUUGGCACCGAAUCUCUUUCAACAAGUGGAUGCCAGCUCCUAUGAUCUCAUUGCCUCGGUGUUGCACAAAAACGAUCUGGAGCGUUGGGGCGAAUGGGUGCCGACGGCUGUGAACGUGUUGAGUGUUCGGGAAGAGGAAGUGCCUCCAAGCCCACUGCUACAGGUUGCGGAGAAGCUGCCCGAAAACUCAGAGGCACAAACGCCAGUGCAACAAUUGGGUGACCACGUGCAACAGUUGCGUGCUCAAGCGGAAAAGUUGCUGGCUCAGCGCAAAACACUCAACGCCCACCUGGAGACUCUCAAGGCCAGGGAAGCGUCAGCUGCAGGCGAGCUGGAGAACAUACAGGCAGUGCUGAAGCUGCAUGAACGCAGCUGUUUAGUGCUGGCCGAUCCCGAGGAAAAUGUGGCCAAGCUGGAGGCAUUGCUACGUGCCACGGAAGCCAAGCGACAAACGUUGACACAACAGUGGCAGGAUUAUCGCAGUCCGCUGUUGAGCACACUCGACACGCUCAAGGCGGCCAAGGAAGCGCAGCAGGUGCAAAACGUACGUACGGGCAUCGAGCAACUGGAGCUAGAGUUGCUGGCGAAGACGCAGAAGCAUAACGAGCUGAGCGUGCGUAGCGCCCAGCAAACGCAGCAGGCACCACGCAAGGAAUACACGCGCCGCAUACACGAAUUUAUUGGCAAUAUACGCAAACAGCGGGACGACAUCGAUAAAGUGUUGGAUGAUACACGUCAGCUCCAGAAGCAGCUGAAUGUGGUUGUUGCGCAGCUGGAGCGGCAGUUCAACUACACGGAUGAUCUGCUCUUUCAGAGCGCCAAGCACGAUCUGCAUGCGAAGAAGGCUUACAAGUUGUUGGCCCAGUUGCAUGCGCAUUGCAGCGAGCUGGUCGAGUGCGUCACGAAUACGGGCAAUGUCAGCAAGGAGAUUCGAGAGCUGGAGGUGCAGAUCGAUGGAGAGAAGUUGAAGAAUGUCCUGAUCAGUUUGCAGCAGAUCACUGGAGAUAUUCAGAAGUUUGAGCAGCAUAUUCAAGAGCUGCAAUCACAAAUACGCACAGUGGAGAAUGCAAUAACGGCGGCCUAAAAAGCGAGGGAAACGAUAUUAGAAUAUUACUUACUAUAAUAUUAGUGCCAAUUAUAACAAAAAAGAAAAACAAAAACAAAACAGAUCACUCACGCAUAGCGUAGUUUCUCGUAGCCAAUUUAUUAUUCAAUGCAUUUGCAAAACUUUCAAUAAACGGACCUGAGCAAUUUCAAAACGAAA